AUGGGCGAAAAUACAGGAAACAGACGAAACUUUCUUGCGAUAAUGGAACUGAUUGCAAAAUAUGACCCUAUUGUAAAAGAGCAUUUGAAAAGCGGUCAGCGAAAUGCAAAAAUGUUAUCAUGGAAGACCCAAAAUGACAUUAUUGCCAAUGCAGCUUUAGUUAUAAAGAACCAGAUAAAGGAUAUGAUAUCAAUACCAAAAUUUUAUGCGGUGAUUGUAGAUGAGGUCACAAAAAAGUUUGCCAAUAAAGAAGUUCUACUCGUUUGUAUCUGUUUUCUCAACUCAAUUAAUGGUGAGCCGAAAGUUGAGGAAACAUUUUUCCAGUCCAUGCACAUGAAAGGAUGCACUUCUGGAAAAAACCUGGGCCAGAAUAUCGUAGAAAUAUUGAGAAGCAACGACCAAGUUAUGGCUGAUUGCAGAGGACAAGCAUAUGAUGGAGCUGCGGCAAUGUCUAGUGAUAGGUGCGGUGCACAAGCUGAAGUCCGGAAGGAGGCCCUCAUUGCAGCAUAUACAUACUGUCGGAUUCAUGUCAUUAAUCAUGCAAUUAUUGCUCUGCAUGUAAGAAUCGAAGCAUCAGUAACAUGGUGGAUGUCAUUUCAACAGUUUACCUGUUCUACGUAUUCUCUCCAAAAAGAAAAUGGUACUUUGAAAAAUUCUUGA